UCGCACCCCGCUGGCGCAGCACCCACAAGCAUUUAAUGUCAGCUGGAAACACAUAGAGAAGAAGCUUCACACGUCUUACUAGCGCGACUGUGUUUCAGUUUACACACGAAUGGAACGCAGUGGAAUCAUGCGGUGCGUCACCAAGUGACGUUCUCACGUAUUCAAAGCAGACUCGGUCUCACAGUGCAAGUGUGUGUGUGUGAGAGUGAGUACGUCUGCGUAAGUGUUUGUGUUUGUGUAUGUGAGUGUGUGUGAGUGGAGUAGCAUUGAAAAACGUUCAAGCCAGACAAUAGCCAACAAGAAAAAGGAAGCAAGAAAAGUGGCAAACUGAGCCUUGACCUGAACCAAUGCAAGUGCAAAACCCAAAACCAACAACAACAACAGCAACCAACAGCAAACAACAAACAAAGAGGAAGUAAGCAAAAGUGGAAGAGACGCGUCAUGACGCCCACUGCGAGUCAAUUAAUUCACGCAACUACAACAACAGCAAGAAUCAGGAGCGAAAGUUAAAACAACAAACAAGAAAUAAUACAACAAAAAAUCCUGCCACAAUUGGCGGCCUUGCAACAGCAUCAGCGUGUGGAGCAUGGGUUCAUGUCUCGGCAGCUGUGUAGCCGCCAACUCCUCCGCGUCCGCCUCCGUUUCAGCCACGGCCUCGAACUCGAAUUCCACAGCUUCAACGUCGUCGUCUUCCUCCGCAUCGGCCACGAGCUCCACGAACUGUGUUACGGCCGCCGCCAACAGCUGGUAUCUGUGGCGUCGACCCAGAGCGAGAGGCAGAGCUCGAGCACGAGCAGGAUCCACCGAUGAACCGGAAGCGGAGCUGCUAUCGACGGCCAGUGAACGUUGCCAGCGUCGUGGCCUUGUCUAUCGCAUCUUGAAGUUUAAGAGGAAGCAGCAAUAUCCACAGUUCCUCGACAGAUACUGGGAACAGCAGCCCAGCUAUGCGAAGUUGCAGAACGACAGCGCAUUGGCUGAUAUCCAGCUGCAGAAUCUGGAUGUGCACAAGUUGCUCAAUGCCGCAGCGACGCCCAGCAAGGAGACGGAACUGCAGAGCUAUGCUCGCAUGGCCAGCUCAAGAGCGAGCUCGUCUCUCGACCUGGAAUGGGAGCAUGAAUACUCGCAGCUGCGUCAGUACCAGCAGCGACAGCAAAAGGAGCAACGACAGCUGCAACAACAGCAGCAGCAGCAGCAUCACCAAACGCUGCAGGACACACCACCGAUGGUGGCAUCGCAAGCACGCUACGCUUCUCUGGACCAAUUGACAACGGCGGCAUCGCUUGCCGCCAGCCAUGGACGUCAUGCUGCAGCCGCGCGGCAAGCACGUUUGGGGCACGGUCAACGUUAUGGCGGCUCCUUUACACGCACAUCCUGCUGCUCGUCCACACAGAACUCCUGGUCACACAUCUCCACGCCAGAGUCGCUUGAAUGGGACAUUGAUGCCGAGCAGGAGCAGCAGCGUCAGUUGCGCCAGGAGGACGAUAACUUGGAUGAUGAGACCCUUAAGUUGUUGCAUCAAAUCGAACAGCUCAAGCAUCAUGUGCUCCAGGAGACGGGCGAUGGCUUAAGCAUGGGCGCAACGCCAGCUGUCGGUGUGGGCGUGGCAGUCGAUGAGCUCACAGAAGGAUUGCAGUUUCGUGCAUCGCAUUUCGGCGGAGUGGAGGCGCCUAUUAGUUGAUCAAAGCGAGAUUAAUGUAAAUAACAUAAAAACAAAUAGCAUAUAGAUUACGAGAGACCUACG